CAAAAACAAGUGUGGUGGGUCAAAAAAAAUGACACUGUGAACCAUUUGCGUAAUAUUCCUACUGUAUAAUCAACCCAUCUUUCAAGAUGGACAUGUCCUGUGGGGAACUGCACUCACAGCAAUGGCAUUAUUUACAGUACAGAUCCUGUCCAAAAGCUCGGUGACCAGCCGUGUAAGUAUUAGUCAGAGAGAAGAUUACAAGCAAUCAUUAUUAAAGCCUAUUUCACCCGUAAAUCCACCCGCGACAACUGUUUGGCUGGCUUUACUUUUUUCCAAGGGGCUACACAGGCGAACAGGGAGGGGAAAAACUGUUUAAUGCAAAGCAGGACUUGUUACUAAAUCUUGUUUUGGGGAGGGGUGUGUGACAUGAGGGGCCACUGCAAAGAAAGGCCAGUUGGUGAAGGCAAAAAAAAAAAGAGAGCUGGCACUGUCUUUGGCUCGCUGCUGCUUUGUGGGUGGCAGGGCGUUGGCCGAUACAUGGCAGCGCUUUGUCCGGUCCACUUGGUCAACAAUGGAAGCAGGUGACCACAGAGGUGGACCAGAGCUGGGAUACAAGUGUGUGACAUGGUCUAGGUAGGCCGGAUUUAAACCAGAGAGAGAGGCGCUCGGAUUUUCCCGGAUCAAUGGCGGUGCUGGACAACCACAGCUGGCAGUACGCACAGGCAGGGAUGACUCUCAUCCGACUCUCAGGGUUCCAUCGCAAUGAGGACAUGAAGGCGAUUGAUGUGCUUCCUAUCCUCAAGGAGAAGGUGGCUUUUCUCUCAGGUGGCCGAGACAGACGUGGAGGUCCGGUUCUGACAUUUCCCGCCCGGAGCAACCACGACAGAAUACGACCUGAGGACCUGCGCAGGCUCAUCGCAUACCUGGCUACAAUACCCAAUGAGGAGGUGGCCAGGCAUGGCUUCACAGUCAUCGUGGACAUGCGGGGUUCUAAAUGGGACAGCAUCAAGCCUCUGCUGAAGAUCCUCCAAGAGUCCUUCCCCUCCUGCAUCCACGUCGCGCUCAUCAUCAAGCCGGACAACUUCUGGCAAAAGCAGAGGACGAACUUCGGCAGCUCUAAGUUUGAAUUUGAGACGGUGAUGGUCUCCUUAGAAGGUCUAACCAAAAUAGUGGAUCCAUCUCAGCUGACUGCUGACUUUGAAGGCAGCUUGGAAUACAACCACGAUGACUGGAUUGAGGUGCGGCUCUCAUUCGAGACGUUUGCCAGUGACGCGGCAAGAUCUCUGUCGCGGCUGGAGGAGCUCCAAGAAACUUUGUCCCAGCGUGAUCUGCCCCGGGAUCUGGAGGGGGCUCGGCGGCUCAUGGAGGAGCACGCAGCACUAAAGAAAAGGGCCACCAAGGCUUCUGUGGAGGAGCUGGACACGCAGGGACGGAGGCUGCUGCAGAGGCUGCAGUCGCACACUGCUGGAGGCGGGGAUGGCGGGUACGGGAACCGUAGUGGAGGAGCCAGUGGAGAUUCCAACGAUCACCAUCACGGCUUUAACACACACGUCGACGCACACAACCUGGUGGCUAAAGUGACUAAUCUGCUGGAUAAACUACACGGGACGCGGCAGAACUUGCAGCAGUUGUGGCACAUGAGGAAGCUGAAACUGGAUCAGUGUUUCCAGCUGCGUCUGUUUGAGCAGGACGCAGAGAAGAUGUUCGACUGGAUCAUGCACAACAAGGGCCUGUUCCUCACCAGUUACACUGAGAUCGGAGGAAACCACCAGCAUGCUGUGGAGCUACAGACCCAGCACAACCACUUUGCUAUGAAUUGUAUGAAUGUUUAUGUGAACAUCAACCGGAUCAUGUCUGUCGGGAAUCGGCUCCUUGAGUCUGGGCACUAUGCUUCGCAGCAGAUCCAGCAGAUUUCGGGCCAGCUGGAGCAAGAGUGGAAGGCCUUCGCUGCAGCGCUGGACGAACGCAGCACGCUGCUUGAGAUGUCUGCCAGCUUCCACCAGAAAGCAGACCAGUACAUGAGUAAAGUGGAGCCCUGGUGCAAAGCGUGUGGAGAAGGAGAGCUUCCGUCUGAGCUGCAGGAUCUGGAAGACACAAUCCACCAUCACCAGGGUCUUUACGAGCACAUCACAACGGCGUACUCAGAGGUAGACAGGCGCCUCGCUGACAGCCAUUUUAGCAUGAAUACAACCUUGGCGUUGCUCACCUCACAGGUCAGCCAGGAUGGGAAGUCUUUAUUGGACAAGCUGCAGAGACCUUUGACCCCAGGAAGUGCUGAUUCCCUGAUGGCAUCGGCGAACUACUCCAAGGCGGUGCACCACGUUCUGGACAUCAUCCACGAGGUGCUCCAUCACCAGAGGCAGCUGGAGAACAUUUGGCAGCACCGCAAAGUUCGUCUGCACCAGCGCCUGCAGCUCUGUGUUUUCCAACAGGACGUACAGCAGGUGCUGGACUGGAUAGAGAAUCACGGGGAGGCCUUCCUCAGUAAGCAUACCGGUGUUGGGAAGUCCUUGCACAGAGCCAGAGCCCUGCAGAAGAGACAUGAAGACUUUGAGGAGGUUGCACAGAAUACCUACACCAAUGCGGACAAACUUCUAGAAGCUGCAGAGCAGUUGGCUCAAACCGGAGAAUGUGAUCCAGAGGAAAUCUAUCAAGCGGCCCACCAGCUGGAGGAUCGCAUUCAGGACUUUGUGCGACGCGUGGAGCAACGGAAGGUCCUGCUGGACAUGUCGGUGGCCUUUCACACGCAUGUCAAAGAGCUCUGGACGUGGUUGGAGGAGCUUCAGAAGGAGCUGCUGGACGACGUGUACGCUGAGUCGGUGGAGGCGGUGCAGGACUUGAUCAAACGCUUCGGUCAGCAGCAGCAGACCACCCUGCAGGCUACUGUCAAUGUCAUCAAGGAGGGAGAAGACCUCAUUCAGCAGCUCAGAGACUCUGCAAUAUCCAGCAACAAGACUCCGCACAACAGCUCCAUGGCUCACAUCGAGAGUGUCCUGCAGCAGCUGGAUGAGGCCCAGGGCCAGAUGGAGGAGCUGUUCCAGGAGAGGAAAAUCAAACUGGAGCUGUUCCUGCAGCUCCGCAUCUUUGAGCGAGAUGCCAUCGACGUCAUCUCGGACCUGGAGUCAUGGAACGAAGAACUGACCCAGCAGAUGAGUGACUUCGACACGGACGACCUGACGGUGGCCGAGCAGCGGCUGCAGCACCACGCAGACAAGGCACUGACCAUGAACAACCUCACCUUUGACGUCAUCCACCAGGGACAAGAGCUGCUGCAGUGCGUGACGGAGGUCCAGGCCUCUGGGGUGGAGCUGCUGUGCGACAGAGAUGUAGACAUGGCCACACGGGUCCAGGACCUGCUGGAGUUCCUUCAUGAGAAGCAGCAGGAGCUGGACUUGGCAGCUGAGCAGCACCGGAGGCAUUUGGAGCAGUGCGUCCAACUGAGGCAUCUUCAGGCUGAAGUCAAGCAGGUCCUGGGAUGGAUCCGAAACGGCGAGUCCAUGCUGAACGCUGGUUUGAUCACAGCCAGCUCCCUGCAAGAGGCCGAGCAGUUGCAGAAAGAGCACGAGCAAUUCCAGCACGCCAUAGAGAAAACCCAUCAGAGUGCUCUUCAGGUGCAGCAGAAAGCAGAGGCUCUCCUUCAGGCCAACCACUAUGACAUGGACAUGAUCAGAGACUGUGCCGAAAAGGUGGCAGACCACUGGCAGCAGCUGAUGUUGAAGAUGGAGGACAGACUCAAGCUCGUGAACGCGUCUGUGGCUUUUUACAAAACCUCGGAACAGGUGUGCAGCGUGUUGGAAAGUUUGGAGCAGGAGUAUAAGCGGGAGGAGGACUGGUGCGGCGGCGCGGACAAACUGGGCCCCAACAGUGAAUCAGACCACGUUACCCCAAUGAUCAGUAAACACCUGGAGCAGAAAGAGGCUUUUCUGAAGGCGUGCACUCUGGCCAGACGAAACGCAGAUGUCUUCCUCAAGUACCUGCACAGGAACAGUGUCAACAUGCCCGGGAUGUUGUCUCACGUCAAGGCGCCAGAGACUCAGGUCAAGAACAUCCUGAACGAGUUGCUGCAGCGAGAGAACAGAGUGCUGCACUUCUGGACCAUGAGGAAGCGCCGACUGGACCAGUGCCAGCAGUACGUGGUGUUUGAACGCAGUGCCAAACAGGCCCUGGAAUGGAUUCAUGACACUGGGGAGUUUUACUUGUCCACACACACGUCCACGGGCUCCAGCAUUCACCACACGCAAGAGCUGUUAAAAGAGCACGAAGACUUCCAGAUCACAGCAAAGCAAACCAAAGAGCGGGUAAAGCUGUUGAUCCAGCUGGCGGAUGGGUUUUGUGACAAGGGCCACGCCCACGCCAUCGAGAUAAAGAAAUGGGUGUCCUCUGUGGACAAGCGCUAUAGGGACUUUUCUCUCCGCAUGGACAAGUACCGAACAUGCUUGGAAACCGCUCUGGGCAUUUCUUCAGACUCCAACAAGGCCAGCAAAGAGCUACAAUUGGACAUCAUUCCAGCCAGUGCGCCUGGGUCAGAGGUCAAGUUGAGGGAUGCUGCCCAUGAGCUCAACGAAGAGAAGAGGAAGUCAGCGAGAAGAAAAGAAUUCAUCAUGGCUGAGCUGAUCCAGACAGAGAAAGCGUACGUCAGAGACCUGCGGGAGUGCAUGGACACCUACCUGUGGGAGAUGACCAGCGGCGUGGAAGAAAUUCCUCCUGGUAUCGUCAACAAAGAGCACAUCAUCUUUGGCAACAUGCAGGAUCUGUACGAGUUCCAUCACAACAUCUUCCUGAAGGAGCUGGAGAAGUACGAACAGCUUCCAGAGGACGUCGGCCAUUGCUUCGUCACCUGGGCCGACAAGUUUCAAAUGUAUGUGAACUACUGUAAGAACAAGCCGGACUCCACGCAGCUCAUCCUGGAGCACGCCGGUCCUUAUUUCGACGAAAUCCAGCAGAGGCAUCGUCUGGCCAACUCGAUCUCAUCCUACCUCAUCAAGCCGGUUCAGAGAAUCACCAAGUACCAACUGCUUCUCAAGGAGCUGUUGACAUGUUGUGAGGAGGGCAAAGGUGAGAUCAAGGACGGUUUGGAGGUGAUGCUGAGUGUCCCCAAGAGAGCCAACGACGCCAUGCACCUCUCUAUGCUAGAUGGAUUUGAUGGAAACAUCGACUCCCAGGGCGAGUUGAUUCUCCAGGAGUCCUUCCAGGUUUGGGACCCCAAGACACUGAUCCGAAAGGGGCGGGAACGCCACCUCUUCCUCUUUGAGAUGUCUCUGGUAUUCAGCAAAGAAGUGAAGGACUCAAACGGCCGCAGCAAGUACCUCUACAAGAGCAAGCUAUUUACAUCAGAACUUGGAGUGACCGAACACGUGGAAGGAGAUCCAUGUAAGUUCGCCCUCUGGAUCGGCAGGACUCCGACCUCAGACAACAAGAUUGUUCUUAAGGCUUCCAGUUUAGAGAACAAGCAGGACUGGAUCAAGCACAUCCGCGAGGUCAUUCAGGAGCGGACUGUGCAUCUGCGAGGGGCUCUCAAGGAGCCUAUUCACAUCCCCAAAGCCACCACAACCAAACAUAAAGGCAGACGGGACGGUGAGGAGCUGGACAGCCAGGGAGACGCCAGCAGCCAACCAGACACCAUCUCUAUCGCCUCACGCACCUCACAGAACACCCUGGACAGCGAUAAGCUGUCCGGCGGCUGUGAGUUGACGGUGGUGAUCCAUGACUUCCUGGCCAGUAACGGAGGCAGCAGCGGAGAGCUGACGGUGCGACGAGGCCAGACGGUGGAGGUGCUGGAGCGACUCCACGACAGGCCGGACUGGUGCCUGGUCAGGACCACUGACCGCUCCCCAGCCCAGGAGGGGAUAGUCCCGUGCGCCAUGCUGUGCAUCGCUCACUCCCGCUCGUCCAUGGAGAUGGAGGGGCUGUUCAACCACAAGGAUACCUUGUCGGUGUCCAGUAACGACGCCCUGCAGCCCGGCUCCAGCCACACCCUGGGCCCUCACAGCUCACCCGGACCGAAGCGUCCGGGCAACACCUUACGGAAGUGGCUGACCAGUCCAGUGCGACGCCUGAGUUCGGGCAAAGCCGACGGCCACGUCAAGAAGCUGGCGCACAAGCACAAGAAGAACCGCGACGGCACUCGGAAGAACAUGGACACAAUGGCGGGCUCACAGAAGGACUCCGACGACAGCGCGGCCACGCCACAGGAUGAAACGCUGGAGGAACGAAUGCGUAAUGAGGGGUUGAGCAGCGGAACCCUGUCCAAGUCCUCCUCAUCAGGCAUGCAGAGCUGCGGCGAGGAGGAAGGAGAGGAGGGUGCCGAUGCUGUCCCUCUGCCGCCCCCUAUGGCCAUCCAGCAGCACAGCCUUCUGCAGCCUGACUCUCAGGAUGACAAGUCGGCGACUCGUCUGUCCGCUCGGCCCAAUAGCUCCGAGACUCCGAGUGCUGCUGAACUGGUCAGCGCCAUUGAAGAGUUGGUGAAGAGCAAGAUGUCGCUUGAGGAUCGCCCCAGCUCUCUGUCCGUGGAACAGGGCGACAGCAGCUCUCCUUCCCUCAACCCGUCUGAUAACUCCCUUCUGUCUUCCUCAUCACCCAUCGACGAGGUGGACGAGCGCAAAUCUGGCUUUCUCAAGAGGAGACACUACGUCCUGCUGGAGCUAGUGGAGACGGAGCGGGACUAUGUCAAAGACCUGGGAUCAGUGGUGGAGGGUUACAUGAGCCGAAUGAAAGAGGAGGGGGUUCCAGAUGACAUGAGAGGAAAGGACAAGAUGGUGUUCGGGAACAUCCAUCAGAUCUACGACUGGCACAAAGAUUUCUUCCUGGGAGAGCUGGAGAAGUGUUUGGAGGACCCAGAUCGGCUCGCACCAUUAUUUGUCAAGCAGGAGCGAAGAUUUCACAUGUACAUCGUGUACUGCCAAAACAAGCCCAAGUCUGAGCACAUUGUGUCGGAGUACAUCGACACAUACUUUGAGGAGCUGAAGCAGCGGUUGGGUCAUAGGCUCCAACUCACAGACCUGCUCAUCAAACCAGUCCAGCGGAUCAUGAAGUACCAGCUUCUGCUGAAGGAUCUUCUCAAGGUUUCUAAAAAGGCUGGAGCCGACACAACAGAAAUGGAGAAAGCAGUAGAGGUGAUGUGUGUGGUUCCAAAGCGCUGCAAUGACAUGAUGAAUGUUGGGCGACUUCAAGGCUUCGAUGGGAAGAUCGUUGCACAGGGCAGGUUGCUCCUCCAAGACACCUUCAUGGUUUCAGAUCAGGACGGAGGUCUUCUGUCCAGAAUGAAGGAGAGGAGGGUCUUCCUGUUCGAGCAGAUUGUCAUAUUCAGCGAACCCCUGGACAAGAAGAAGGGCUUCUCUACUCCAGGCUACCUCUUUAAGAACAGCAUCAAGGUGAGCUGGCUGGGUCUAGAGGAAAUCGCAGAUGACCCCUGCAAGUUCACACUGACCUCCAGGUCGUCCAGCGGCAACAUGGAGAGGUUCACCCUCCAUUCCACCAGCCCUGCUGUGGUCCAGGUUUGGCUGCACCAGGUCAGCCAGAUACUGGAGAAUCAGCGUAACUUUCUCAAUGCGCUGACGUCCCCUAUCGAGUACCAGAGGAAUCAUGUGGGUGGAGGAGGACCUGGAGGUCCACCCAGCAGUAGCAGCAGUUGCACAGGAGGUCUUCCAGGAGGCAGUAGCUCCUCCGGUACCUCUAACAUGGGAGGGGGAGGCGGCGGUGGCGGGUCAGGGGGGUCAGGGGGCAGCUCAUCCUCGCUGUGCGGGCCUCGCUCCCGACCGUCAAGAAUACCGCAGCCUUCCUCACGCCUCCCCCAACCGGUCCACCAUCACCACCCCCCAGGCCCCGAGGGGCCUGACCGAUCAGCAGGUAUGUGGUCACCCCCCUGCCACCCUCCGUCCUUCCCUCCCAGUUUGUACUCAGACACCAAUGGGGAGGUUUUGCCGUCAAGAACGUCCGAAGGAAGCAACUGUAAUAACAGCAACAGACCUUCAGGCAGCAAAGAGGGCGGUAGCAAUCAAAGUGUGGGAGGCUUUGAAGAGCCAGUAAAACAGCAACCAGCUCGUGUUCCCAAAAUGGCCGUGGCCCCCUUGAGUUUGUCGCUCAAAACCCCUCGAGUGGGGACAGUGGCGCCCAUGAUUUCCCCACAAACCCCAGGAGGAGGAAAGGAAGUCCCUCCGAGCCCCGCACACAAAGGCAACCCUUUCUGGGCCGUGGUCCCGAACGUGCCUUCGUCUCCAGGUAGCCGGCCCAGCUCCGUGUCCUACCUGAGUGACAGUGGUGGGGACGCCGUGGGCAGAGGGAGCCACGUGAUUCCCUCCCACCAUCGCCACUCCACUCAUAGUAAAGACUUAGACCGCAUGAGCACCUGCUCCUCCACCAGUGAACAGUCCAUACAGUCCACUCAGAGCAACGGGAGUGAAAGCAGUAGCAGCAGCAGUGUGUCCACCAUGUUGGUGACCCAGGACUACGUGGCAGUGAAGGAGGAUGAGAUCAGCGUGGUACAGGGCGAGGUUGUCCAAAUACUGGCCAGCAACCAGCAGAACAUGUUCCUGGUGUACCGGGCCGCCAACGAGCACUCUCCCGCGGCUGAAGGCUGGAUCCCUGGCUACGUGUUGGGACACACCUCAUCCUCCGUCACCCCCGAGGUCCCGGAAGGAACCAUCAAGAAAUCAUUAUCAUGGCACACAGCGCUCCGCAUCCGCCGAAAAUCUGAGAAACGAGACAAGGACGGAAAGAAAUUGGAGAACGGCUACCGGAAAUCUCAGGACAGCUUAGCAAACAAAGUCUCUGUUAAGCUGCUGAAUCCCAACUUCGUCCAUGAAGCUCCGCCAGAGUUUCUGAUCCCAGUGAGCGAUGUAGCAUGCGAGAGCGGCGACAGCGUGACUUUGAGGUGUAAAGUCUGCGGUCAACCCCGAGCCAAUGUGACUUGGCGUGGACCUGACAGCAACACCUUGAGCAACAACAGCCAGUUCAGCAUCAAUUACAGUGAAACCGGGGAGGCGACUCUGAACAUUCUUGGAGCUUCUGUGGAGGACAGCGGCGUUUACACCUGCGUCGCUUCCAACGUGGCCGGUUGCGUCACCUCCUCCGGCAGCCUCAGAGUUUCAGGAAUCCUGGACGACUGUGGCGGAGCUUUAUGGAAGAGCAGCUUCGAGUCUCACUACACAGAGAUCACGGAACUCGGACGGGGCCGAUUCUCGGUGACCAAGCGCUGCGACCAGAGAGGCAGUAAGCGAACCAUAGCCGCCAAGCACGUCAACAAAAAGCUGCAGCGGCGAGAGCGGGUGCUGCAGGAAAUCCGACUGCAGCAGACGUUGGAUCAUCCCAAGCUGGUGAAGCUGCUGGACACCUACGAGACGGCCAGCAGCUACAUCCUGGUGCUGGAAAUGGCCGACCAGGGGCGCUUCCUGGAUUACAUCGUCAGCUGGGGAAACCUGACGGAGGAGAAAGUGGCUCUGUAUUUACGAGACAUCCUGGAAGCGCUUCACUACCUGCACAGCUGGCGGAUCGCACAUCUGGACCUCAAACCGGAGAACAUCGUGGUGGAGCAUGCCUCCUCACAGCCUGUGGUGAAGUUGACCGACUUUGGUGAUGCUGUGCAGCUGAACCAGACUUCCUCCUACAUCCACCCACUCCUGGGAAGCCCCGAGUUCUCCGCCCCUGAGCUGGUCCUGAGUCAACCCGCCUCCCUGUCGUCUGACCUCUGGAGCUUAGGCGUCGUGACCUACGUCGUCCUGAGCGGAGCCUCUCCAUUCCUGGAUGAAAGUUUGGAGGAGACGUGCUUGAACAUCUGUCGGCUGGACUUCAGCUUCCCGGAUGACUACUUCCAAGGUGUGAGCCUGGCCGCCCGGGACUUUGUGUGCCUGCUGCUCCAGGGCGAGCCGGACCGCCGGCCCUCGGCGUCGCUCUGCCUGCAGGACCCCUGGUUACAGCCGCGACCCGUCAUCAGCAACCACUCGCCCCAGAACCACGCCUCGCACCUGGACACGUCCAGGCUCAUCUCCUUCAUCGAGAGGCGGAAACACCAGAACGACAUCCGGGCCAUCGGCACCAUCAAGUCCUUCCUCCAGAGCCGCCUCCUGAACCAUAUAUGAGGGCCUCUCCCCCUUCACCUGUCCACGAACGUCCUGCUGCUGCUGACUGAUCGACCUCUGCUGAUCCAACACUCAUCCCUCUCUCCUGUGAGUGCACAACAAACUGAGAGCUUUCUGGACAAGAACAGUGUUAACAGAGAAAAACAUGACUGUAUUAUAAGAGUAAUUUAGACUGCUUCAGUUAAAGACAAAAAAACAAAUCGCUUUUUUGUAACAAGAGAUUACUUUUUGUAAGCGAAUCCAUGUACAGUUAGGGAACAGAGAACUGUGUUCAUAACAUUUUUGGGGGUAAAUUCUAAGGCAACGUGAGGCCCACCAGCUGGGUCAGCGUACAACUGGACAAAGACCAAACCAUGUAGUGACUCUCAGUGCAAUAGCUGACUUGCUCCCCCUAUAGCUUCAAGGGUGAAAUCACUUUAUUUUGUCUCACAUUUUCACCUGAGGAAAAGCUAUUUCCGGUCUGCACCCGCCUUAUGUGUACAUAGUCUCUUCCUGCCUUCUCAUUUUGAAGAGUUUGUCUCAAAGGAACAAUUUCAUUUAGUAUUACUGAGUCCAUGCAGUUGAAGCGGCACGGCCCCCCCGCUUCCCACCGUGGACCCGCCACACCCGGAUUGUCGCUCGGAACAAACCUGCUACUAGAAAUGCACUCGUGUUUUGCAUCAAAUCCCACGUGCAAUGUUGCAGCUUUAACAUUUAUGCAACUAUUUAUGAAGACUUGUGUUGUAGCCGUAACUCUUACAAAGGCAUGUACGUUCCUGGUACUGCGAUAGCUGUCUGUAUUGUGUUGACUCUUACGUAUUAAGUUCAGUAUUCCGCUCCGCACCAGCGGAGAAAAAUGUUAAAAAGGAAAUAUGUAUCUAUAAAAUUCAGGCACUUAUGCUUUCAUUUUGUUUUCUGUAACAAUACCAAAGCCCACUAUGCUUUUCUUUCCCUGCUAAAAUGUGUUAUUUUGUCUGAUUUAAAUUAUCGUUCUUUUAUUUAUUCCUGUUGAUAUAAGAAGUUGUUUAGUGACUGAAAAAAGAGAAUAUUUCUUUUCUUUCAAGCUGUGCACAAAAGUGGUCUGUUGUGAGAGUUCGCUCGGCUUUUGUAGGUUGAUGUUGCUUGAUUUUUCCAGCACCACACGCUCGUACCAAACGGACUGGGUCCAUGUGGCGCCUCCACACCUGUUUUGGAAUGCAGAACAAUCAUUAUAGCAAACUUAAAGCUUAAGUUUAAAUAAUGUAAAGAGGCAUGGCGCUUCUUAAUUCAUCUGAAUCUUAGUCGUCAUUUCCCUUCUGAGUUCACCUGGUUCUCUUUCUCAUCUCCUUUUCAAACUUCUAACAUGGAAAUAUUUAUCUUUUUAAACUUUACUUUAGCACAUCUUGGAACCCACAUCUACUCUUUCAAACUAUAAUCAAAAUAGAAUUAUUUUUGUUUAGAAUGACCCUAUUUUGGCUCAAAUAUUUCACUCAAAAACAACCGUAAAAUGCGACACAGCUUAAUCUUUGAUUGAGAUUUUAAAAAGCUUCCAUUUUAACAAGCGGAAGUUCCAUUUUCCAGUAAAUCAUUCUGGAGGCGCCACUGGCCUGGUCAUUGUCAAGUCUGUUGACCUAUUGGAGAGUAAACCUAAUUUAUAGAAGUAAACCAUCAGCUUUAAUAUAGAUAUAUAUGCGUUCACUUGCUGUACACGAGUGAUUAAAUGUCAGUAGGUGAGGUUGUUUUCUUUUCGGAAUAGUCACACUCACUCACAUAAGUUGUCAAAAACGUCAGUCCGCUUGGAGCAACACUCAUCAUGUCAUUUAAUUUCAGGUGUCAGUUCAUCUUAUUUUUAAUGUAGAAAAAAAUGAACAAAAAAUAUGGUAUGUUGUUGUCUCUCAAUUUGUUGUCAGUUUGUAUUUAUUCUUGUGAAUAUGGGUUUCCCAAAUGAAAGGAAAAAUCCACUGAUGAAAUUCUCUUGAGGGCAGGAUGAAGCGGUGGAAAUGCCUUUGGGAGACCCGGCGUCCUCACAUGUAAAGGUGUACAGAGAGCGGCGGGCGGGAUGGAGACCUCACACAUAUUUCACUCCGACCAGACUGCAGCGAUGUCAUUUUGAAUGUCUUAAUAUGGCUUAUUUUUACUUUUGCAUGUAUAUUUCUCUGUACAGAAGAUUGUGUUUACAUGUUACUACGUGUUGUAAAUAAUUUAUUUUGUCCUCGUUAUUUUGCCAUUAAACGUUCGAGAAGCAAGAGAAA